UCUGCUGCCCAGGCCGGCCGGCGCGAGCCGGAGUGCGUGGACCCCACCCUCGGGGCACCGGGCGCCGGGACCUGCUCCUUCUCCCGUGGGAAGGAGGACCCUCCGCACUCCCGGGACAGCCAGGAGAGAUCGCCGCAGGGCACGCGCUGUCCCUCCCACGCUGGCUCUGGAGGAGACCCCCAGAAGUCGGGAAGGGCAGUGGGACCUGAAGGACCCGGAGGGAGACCGCCCCGACUCCUCAACGCACUCCAGACAGUUCGGGACUUUGGAGGCAGAGAGAAAGGGAGCCGUGCCUGUGGAGUAGGCACCCCGCAUCCCACCCAGUACUCACCGCGGAGAAGCGUCCUGACACGCACAAGCCAGGACCCUCCAGGGAACCGCCAGCAAUCCGUUCCAGUUUGCUGGAGAGUGCAAGACCUCUCGCCCCCCAACUUCCGUGCACCUAGACAGUGGACCCGGGCAGAGCCCCUCAGCUCAGAUCUCCAGCAGACAGAAAGAGCCCUCAGCCCCUGAAAGAUCCAGUUUGGGGGGGAGGGGGAUUCCCCCAAAGGGGAGGAGACAACUCCUGGUUGGGAGAGGCUCCUCCCCUCCUCCCUAGGGUAGCAGGCAGGGUGUGGGGGUGUGCCACCUUCCCCAGGUAGGUCCUCCCUCUCCCCCUCCUCCUCCUUCGGCUCCUCUUCCUCGGGGGACUCAGUGCCCCGCUCCAGCUUGGGAGGCUCCGCCAGGCACUGGAAGAGUCACAGAGGAUGAGACCCGUCACCCACCUGUGAAGAGGGGAAUCCCUGCAACCUCAAACUUCUGUACCAGGUGGUUUCCUCCAGUGGCGGCCGGGGGAACCUUGGAGGCAGAGACUCUGAGAAACGGGCUUUUUAGAUUUUGGAGACCAAAGGGAUGGUCAUUUGCAGUUCCUAGAGAAGUGGAUGCUCUGUACUGAGAACAGACAACAGGUGCGUUUUCAGGACGCCAUGGUUACUGUUAGUAAUGCAGGACACGGCACAGCCAGAAUCCCACUGCACUCUCCGCCUUCCGGUCUUGUCCUCUGAACCCAGAAGUACAAUGGCCUCCGACCUAGAGAGCAGCCUCACCUCCAUAGACUGGCUGCCCCAGCUGACCCUCCGAGCUAGUAUUGAGAAGCUUGGGAGCGCUUCUCAGGCUGGGCCUCCAGGGGGCAGCCGAAAGUGUUCCCCAGGCUCUCCCACGGAUCCUAACGCCACCCUCAGCAAAGAUGAGGCAGCAGUCCACCAAGACGGCAAGCCGCGGUACAGCUACGCCACCCUCAUCACCUACGCCAUCAACUCUUCUCCAGCCAAGAAGAUGACCCUCAGUGAGAUCUACCGCUGGAUCUGCGAUAACUUCCCCUACUACAAGAACGCUGGCAUUGGCUGGAAGAAUUCCAUUCGACACAACCUUUCUCUUAACAAGUGCUUCCGGAAGGUGCCCAGACCUCGGGAUGACCCUGGGAAGGGCUCUUACUGGACAAUUGACACCUGCCCGGACAUUUCCCGGAAGAGAAGACACCCUCCAGAUGAUGACCUGUCCCAAGACUCCCCAGAACAGGAGGCCAGCAAAAGCCCCCGGGGAGGUGUUCCAGGGAGUGGAGAAACCUCACUGCCUCAUGAGGGGAAUCCUCAGAUGUCACUGCAGAGCCCCUCCUCCAUGGCCAGCUACAGCCAGGGCCCUGGGUCUGUGGAUGGCGGAGCAGUGGCCGCAGCAGGGGCUCCAGGCCGAGAAAGCACAGAUGGUGCCCCUUCCCUCUACAACACCAACCACGACUUCAAAUUCUCCUACUCAGAGAUCAACUUUCAGGACCUAAGCUGGUCCUUCCGCAACCUCUACAAGUCCAUGCUGGAGAGGUCCUCCUCCUCCUCCCAGCACGGGUUUUCCUCACUCCUGGGAGACAUGCAGCCUUCUAACAACUACUACAUGUACCAGCAGCCACCACCUCAGCAGCAGCAGCAGCCACCACCGCAGCAGCAGCAGCAGCAGCAACAGCAGCCGCAGCCGCCGCCACCCCAGCAGUCACAGCCCCAGCAGCCCCAGGCACCCACUCAGGGCCCCUCCGCUGUAGGGGGUGCCCCUCCACUGCACACCCCAAGCCCCGAUGGUUGUACGACACCAGGGGGAAAAACAGCUGGAGCCGAAGGCUACGGACCCCCCGGUGUGAUGGCCAUGCAUCCUCCCCCACUGCAGCACGGAGGCUACCACCCUCAUCAGCACCAUGCCCACCCCCAUCCUGCCCAGCAGCCGCCGCAGCAGCAAGCGCAGAGCCAGGCGCCCAUCAACAGCUCUGGCUUUGGUGAGCACGGAGGGGACAGAGAAAGCUGGGAGGAGGCCUUUCCUCCAGACUGGUGCUCCAAUAUCGACUCCUUAAAGGAAAGCUUCAAAAUGGUGAACCGGCUCAACUGGUCGAGCAUUGAGCAGUCCCAGUUCUCAGAGCUGAUGGAGAGUCUACGGCAGGCGGAGCAGAAGAACUGGACCCUCGACCAGCACCACAUCGCCAACCUGUGUGACUCCCUCAACCACUUCCUCACCCAGACUGGUCACAUGCCCCCGCAGGGGGGCUCCCACCGGCCACCUGCCCCUGCCCGCAUCACUGACCCCUGUGCUCUCACCAGUGGCAAAGCGGAGCCAUCCAUGAACCAAGUGAACUCUUAUGGGCAUCCACAAGCCUCCCAUCUCUACCCUGGCCCAGCACCUAUGUACCCAAUCUCCACCCAGGACACAACAGGAUACAGCCGCCCAGCACACCACAUGGUUCCGCGGCCGCCCGUCCCGCCUCCUGGUGCCACUGAGGAGAUUGCUGACGACUUCGACUGGGACUUGAUCACUUAGUGAGUCAGAUGGACGUCAGCCCAAGGCCUGGUGUGGAUUCUCGCCGUGGCGGAAGAACGGUCCCCGCCCAUCCUCCCCAAACCUGUAUAUAGAUAUAUAGCUUCUGUCUGUUCUCUGUCAGAGAAGCCACCGCGAGAUGCUGCCGAAGAUACCCUUUCCUUCCUCAUUCUCCGGUUCCCUCCUAGUUCUUUUAUUAUUAUUCUAAUUAUAUUAUUGUUAUUAUUGGUUAUAUACUGCCCAGUCUACUGCCCCUCACCAUGGGCUAUGCCCUCCUCUUUCCUAUUUGAAGUCUUCAAGAUGCAAGAUGAGGCCGUGGUAGCUGUAGAGAAAGGUUUCAAAUUCGACUUCAGCUUUCUCUCUGAGAAACUCAAUGCUGCUUCCACCAUUCAGCUCUAAAUUGUCUUCUGUUCCUGUCUGUUUCAGGCUGGCCUGGAUAGGCCUCAGCGAGGGGAGGGGUCUAAGACACUGCUUAGCAGCCAUGACUUUGCAGGUUUUACUCAUUGGUGCUAAUUGUGUCCUGAACUCUUCCUUUAUGCACCCAGUCUUUACUUCUUCUGGCAGUCCUCAUUCCCCAUGAAGGGUGGACUUAGACAGCUGAGUUGAGGAGAAAGUCAUGGAGAAGUGACAGGGUAUAAAUCUGCAUGAGGUUGGGUGUGCACUGCCAUGUCAGGGCAUCCCUGGCCUCCUCCUGCCAUGUCAGGGCAUCCCUGGCCUUCUCCUCCUAUGUCAGGGCAUCCCUGCUUCCUCCUGCCAUGUCAGGGCAUCCCUGGCCUCUUCCUUCUAUGUCAGGUCAUCCCUGGCUGCUUCCUCCUUCUAUGUCAGGGCAUCCCUGGCUGCUUCCUCCUGCCAUGUCAAGGCAUCCCUGGCUGCUUCCUCCUGCCAUGUCAAGGCCUCCCUGCUUCCACCUGCCAUGUCAAGGCAUCCCUGGCUUCCUCCUGCCAUGUCAGGGCAUCCUUGGCUUCCUCCUGCCAUGUCAGGGCAUCCCUGGCUUCCGCCUGCCAUGUCAGGGCAUCCCUGGCUGCUUCCGCCUGCCAUGUCAGGGCAUCCCUGGCUUCCGCCUGCCAUGUCAAGGCAUCCCUGGCUUCCUCCCUCUAUGUCAGGUCAUCCCUGGCUGCUUCCGCCUGCCAUGUCAGGGCAUCCCUGGCCUCCUCCUUCUAUGUCAGGUCAUCCCUGGCUGCUUCCGCCUGCCAUGUCAAGGCAUCCCUGGCUUCCUCCUGCCAUGCCAAGGCAUCCCUGGCUUCCUCCUGCCAUGUCAAGGCAUCCUUGGCUUCCUCCUGCCAUGUCAAGGCAUCCCUGGCUUCCUCCUGCCAUGUCAGGGCAUCCCUGGCUUCCGCCUGCCAUGUCAGGGCAUCCCUCCUUCCUCCUAGCUAAUACUCUCAGGUUAGCUUGAAUGGGAGGGCAUGAGGACCACUGUUCAUCAUAGGUUCAGCCUCUUGGAAACACUUUCAAUUUAAAGCAUUUGGCUUUGGGAAAAGUUCUUUCUGAGAAUUAACUGUGGCCAUUACUGCAUACGUAAACUGUCUUCCAUCUUCUUUUCUCCUUCAGCAAAUACAAUGUUGUCUUCCUGUAGCUGUUUGUCCAAAUCACCCCCCUGUCUUAUUUUCUUCUCCCAUUUUCUGGCACUCUCAAAUGACAAGAGGAAGCGAUUCUCACUCCGAGCCUUUUCAGGUCCUGGACAUGCUGCGGAAGCCUCUUUCCUGUCACAGCAGACUCUGCCCGCAGUGUUGCUGCCAGGGGGUGGGGAGGAGGAAGGGAUUGGCGCAGACACGGGCAGGGACCCAGGGACCGUUUGUUUAACUACGCAGGCAGGGAGCGCUUCUCUUGAAAUCCCUGUCAGCGGGACUGAAGCUUUUGAUUCUGGCAGGCAA